AUGGCUUUAGAAAAUAGCUUUGUGCAAGCAGCUAUUCCACGCUUUGAUGGUCACUAUGACCAUUGGAGCAUGCUCAUGGAGAACUUCUUGAGGUCCAAAGAAUAUUGGACGGUUGUUGUUUCUGGAGUAGCAGAACCAGCAGCGGGUGUUACGGUGACAGAUGCGCAAAAGACGGAGCUUGAAGGGCUGAAGUUAAAGGAUCUUAAAGCAAAAAAUUAUCUCUUCCAAGCUAUUGAUCGCACAAUUUUGGAAACCAUUCUUUGCAAGGACACCGCAAAGCAUAUUUGGGAUUCCAUGAAGAAGAAAUACCAAGGUACAACAAGAACAAAGAGGCAGCAGCUUCAAGCACUUCGUUCGGAGUUCGAAUUACUUCGAAUGAAAUCAGGAGAGACUAUUACGGACUACUUUUCAAGAAUGAUGGCUAUUGUUAACAAGAUGCGAAUUCAUGGAGACAAGACAACAAAUGUCACCGUUGUUGAGAAGAUUCUUCGAUCUUUGACACCAAAAUUUAAUUUUGUUGUCUGUUCGAUAGAAGAAGCUAAUGAUGUUGAUGAACUUUCAAUUGAUGAAUUGCAAAGUUCCUUGUUGGUUCAUGAACAAAAAAUUAACCAACAAGAAAAGGAAGAACAAGCAUUGAAGACCUUAUCAGAAAAUCACUUCAUAUCUAGUAGAGCCGAUAGAGGACUAGGAAGAGGUAGAGGUCGAUAUAGAGGAGUAUGA